AUGAUAGUCAUGUUUGGAGUAUCAUUUGCCCUGGAGCCAUCAUGCCCUGUAUGCUCUAAGUUUGAGUACGAGAAGAAGCUGCUGGAAAGGGUUAUCCGAAACGAGUUGGCUCUGAAAGAUACAUUGGAUAAGAAAACGGAAACCCACGCAAAAGUUGCAGACACUCUGACAGGGGUAUCACAGGCUGUUAAAGGACUAGAGGAUACAAAGCAAGAUCUUCGAGUUAACGUUGAAGCCUUUCUCAACUCCGAAGGAAGUGUCGUUCCUCUGAUAAUGUUCCAUGCCCGUCUUCAGCAUUCAGGAACCACGUUUACAUAUGCUACAAACGAAGACGUUAAGUUCAACACUGUCCUUGUAAACGAAGGUGGAGUGUAUGACCCAGUCACUGGACACUUCACAGCGUCCGUAGCUGGAGUGUAUAUGUUCACGCCAAAGCUGUCCGUGCAAUCCAAACCAACCGAGCCCCCACCCCCUCAAUCACCCCCUCCCCUAGAGAGUUCGUACGUCCCUGUGAUGUAG